AUGCCGUUGGACGAGCUGACAAAGAAAAGAAGAACACGCGCAGCGCACAGAGGUUCAGCAACGAAGAUAGGAACGAAGAUAAAAGAAUGUUUAGCGAAUGCGAGUGAAACGCCUCAGACGGACAAAAAUGUGCUGAAACAGCUGAGAGACACGCUGAGCGAGAAACUCGAAGCCUUGAAACUUUUAGAUAACGAGAUUGUCGAGGUACUAAGUAAUAGUGAAGCCGAAGACGCAGAACAACAGCUGGAAAAGGAAAUUCAGGAGACAGAUGAUACGCGAGCUGAAUUACAAAAAAUAAUUCUCGACGUAAAUGACGCAUUGUUCGAAGCGCCGUCACUACCACAAGGUCAAAGUACACCAUCGAAUCUGAGUAUGAACGCUACACCAAAACAGACUGUUCGCGCAAGACUCCCAAAGUUAGAGGUGAAAAGAUUUAAUGGGAAAAUUCAAGAGUGGCAAGAAUUUUGGGACUCUUUUGAUAGCUCGGUCAACCAGAAUGACGCUUUAUCCGAUGUAGAUAAAUUCGCGUAUUUGAAAGGUCUACUGGUUGGUCCCGCGCAGACAACUAUCGCAGGGUUCACGUUGACAGCAACGAACUAUAAAGAAGCAUUAGAACUCCUGAAGACACGAUAUGGGAAGAAAACGGCGAUACAGAGAACUCAUAUUCAAGCGUUAAUGAACAUAAAACCAGUAUACAACGAGCGAGAUGUGCGUCGACUACGGGAAUUGUACCAUGCCUGUGAGACAAACUGCCGAGGUCUGAAAACCCUGGGAGUGGACGAAAGUUCGUAUGCUACGAUUGUUGUUCCGGAAAUACUCGACAAGCUGCCGGAAUCCCUUCGUUUGACGAUAACUCGUGGGGCAAGUGGAUCAGACUUUCUAAGUUGGACGAUGAAGGAUAUUUUAAAAGCACUGCUAGAUGAAAUUGAAUUACGCGAAGCACACGAAUCAUCUACGACGAACACGUCAAAACAAGAACGAAGGAAACCACAGUUUCUAGAUGGAUCGGCGGCUGCUCUUGUUAAUCAUACCACCAGGGAAGGGAAGCCAAGAUGCGUAUAUUGUUUACAAGAACAUUUAUCACAGGAUUGUAAGAACAUUCAGAAUGCUGGUGAGCGUAAACAGAUACUUCGUAAGUACGGACGGUGUUUUGUAUGUUUAAAAAGAGGACAUAUUAGUAGUAAUUGUUUAAAUACGAGUAAAUGUAGUGCAUGCAGUAAACGACAUCAUAGUUCUAUUUGUGAGAGCCAUGCUAAUGGGUCUAUAACCGCUGACGUCGUUCAUUCCACACAUUCGUGCGUUGGGUCAGCAAAUAGAGUAGCAUUGCAGACAGCUCAGGCUUUGGUGAUUGGAGGAAAGGAGAAUGUGAGAGUGCGGGUUAUGUUUGACUCGGGAAGUCAACGGUCAUUCGUUACGGGCAAGGUAGCUCAGAAGGCAGGAGUGCCAGUAAAGAGGAAGGAAUGGGUAGAAAUUAGAACGUUCGGACAGGAGAAAGUUGAAGGGAAGUUGAGAGAAGUGUUUGAAUUGAGUGUAGCCCCAGUACAGGGGGGAGAGAGUGUUAGCAUUGAAGUUUAUGCAGUAGACAGCAUUUCGCAGAUUAGGAAUGAGCAUGUAGAGACAAGGAAGAAAGAUUACCCACAUUUGCAAGGGUUAUGGUUUUCCGAUGUUUGUAAGACCAAGAAUGUGUUAGAAAUAGAGUUACUAAUUGGCGCAGAUUAUUUGUGGUUAUUUCAAGAAGGGCGUACGGUUAGGGGCAAGAGUGAUGAACCUGUUGCGGUACAAACCAAAUUAGGAUGGGUGUUGUCAGGUCCACUGAAGAGUAGCUCUGAAGAUGAUGAUGGUCCUACAUCGUGUGCACAGGUAAGUAUAAACCUUAUUGGGCAUGUAAAUUCAUCAAAGAAUAGGUCCCUUGAAGCAUGUGUUGAAAAAUUAUGGGAUUAUGAAACGUUAGGUAUAAAGCAUGAAGAGGAAGCUAGUGAGUUAUUAAAUGAUUCAAUACAUUUCAAUGGCCAAAGAUAUAGUGUAAGUUUACCUUGGAAGGAAGGGCAUAGUUUAUUGCCAACUAAUUAUAGCUGUAGUGUGCAGAGAUUAAAGGGACAGCUUUUAAGAUUAAAGAAGGAGCCAGAAGUUUUACAAGAGUAUGAUAGAGUAAUUAAAGAACAGUUAGAGCUAGGUAUUAUAGAACCAGUUGUAGAGUUAGAGAGAGCUGAUAAGAUCCAUUAUCUACCACAUCAUGCUGUGGUUCGUAAAGAUGCAAAGACCACUAAGGUCAGGGUUGUGUAUGAUGCAUCGAGUAAAGAGACUAAGAAGGGUGUAUCUUUAAAUGACUGCUUGCAUGUUGGGCCACUUCUAUCCCCGUUGUUGUAUCACAUUAUAUUGCGUUUUAGAGAAAAGCGAAUAGCGCUUGUAGCAGAUAUAGAGAAGGCUUUUUUAAACAUUGAAAUUGAUCCGUGUGACAGAGAUUGUUUGAGAUUUCUUUGGGUGGGCAACAUACAUGAAGAUGAGGUGAAGCCAGUAGAGUAUAGAUUUUGUAGAGUUGUUUUUGGUGUGAACUGUUCACCAUUUUUGCUGAAUGCCACACUUCAACACCAUCUUGACCGCUUUUCGAAGGGUAAUCCUGAAUUGACUCGAAAGUUGAAGGACGGCUUUUAUGUUGAUGAUCUG